CCUCUAUAAUGUGUAGCAGAAAUCCUACUGAUGGAACCUUCUCAGAAAUGAUUAACAAUCGAGAACAAAAAAUAAUAUCUCUAUUUAAUUUAACAAAAAUUUUUUUUAAUCCAACAUAAGACUGGCAAAGAAAAAAAAUAAAAAUUAGUAAGGCCGGCGAAGUUCUAGCAAAAAUAAAGUACAAAUAGAUACGUUCAGUCUUUGAUGGAAUAGUUAGAGCUACAUAUUUAACAACCCUAGACUGGAGAGCUCUUAGGAUCGAGUUUUAUCCAAUCUUUUGCUAUUUCUGGAUUCACACUAAAUAUUAUUGUUUUUAUUAUUAUUUACCUCUAUUUAAUAGAAGAAAUUUGUAAAGCCCCAAUGGAGUACACAAUAUAGAGGUUAAAAAUAAUUUUUUACUUUUUAUUAAGUUAGCCUGUUCCAUAAUCAUUUUAACUGGAUUUUAUUAUUAUUUUGUGUUGGGAUGGAAUGAGGGAUUGAAAGAACCAAUGGCUAAUUCUAAAUGGAAUGCUGGUGAUUUAACAAUGGGGAUAUGUGGAGGGUUAUAUGCGUAUAGCGGUUGGGAUAUUUUAAAUUAUGGAACAGAUGAAAUUGAUAGACCAAGAAGAAAUGCACCUUUGGCUUUACUUAGCGGAAUAUUAAUUGUCUUCUUGGCCUAUUUUUGUAUUAAUAUAGCUUAUUUUGCUGUAUUGGAUGUAGAGACAAUGAAAUCAAGUAAUGCUGUAGCUGCGUCAGCCUUAGCUGUAGCUAUUUCUUUUGUUGGGGAUUUGGAUGCACUUAUUGGUUAUGUUAUGUUUGGAUUUUGGGCGCAACGAAUUUUUACACUAUGUGCUCUUCUAGUUAUUAGACAUCACAAUAUUCCUGUACAUCCGGAUUGUAUUAGAAUACCUCUACCCUUAAUUUAUUUAUUUCUGGUAAUAAGUGUAGCUUUAGUUGCUGUGCCAAUAUGGAGAGAAUUUGCUAUAACUUCUUUAGGAAUUUGUAUUUCUUUAAUUGGUUUUGCAUUUUAUUUAUUAUUUUCUAAUUAUUCAAAAAGUAGAGAAACAAAAAUGCUUACUGCAUUAAAUGGUUAUUAA